AUAUAUUAUUUUUGAACAUUUUUCCUUUGUAAAGCACCUUAAACCCGAAAUUUGAAUACACUUCAUCGUACUUGUCGCGGUUCAACCUUCGAUAAUAAGACGUUAUUCAGUGGUCAUCCGGUGACACCUGAAUUGUCAAGCUGUGUGCCACGCAAUUCUGAAAUUUGUUCUCGAAUUAACAACCUCAAUUACAUCGAAUACUCAAAAGACCACAUUAUUCUUCGUCCAUUUUGCACAAUGAGAACCACUAAUGAGGAAUACAAUGCAAGUGACAUGUGCGAAUGUUAAAACUGUUUGGUGAAUAAGUGAAAUUUUUAUAGUAAUCAUUUUGAUGUAUGUACCAGGGUAAUAAAUUAAAGGAUGAAAUUAUUCUGCUCGACGAGUUUACGUAAUUUAAGCUCGUCAUAGCAAAAACUCAGCCAAGGAGUUUAUUAACAAUGAACAAAACUCAUAUGGAUAAAAGACUGAAUCAAUUGCCAACUUGGCUGUGGACUAAUUCCACUACUUUACCACCAAUCUAUAAAAUGGUAUGGGAAGCAGUACGAGAAGACAAAGUUAGAUCAAAUGGAAUGCAAAGCGAGUUACUUGUUGACACGAAUAAAGUCUUUCCUUUAUUGCUCACUAGUCAGCUUCCUACGGAAGUUCUUGGACACAUAUGGAAUUUGGCAAAUCAAAAAUACGCUGGGCAACUUACAGAGCAAGAAUUAUAUAUUGUUCUUGCUCUUGUUGCUGCAGCACAGGCUUCGUAUACAUUUAAUAGUUUAGAUAUAUUACAUUUACUUCCAUUUCCACCAACUCCAUACCUAAACAUUGAAUGUUUAAUGAACUUACAGCCUAUGACUCAAUUAAAUUCUGCAACUAAAUUUCAAAAUCUUAAUGACACCACUGAGGUUGGUUUUAUAGACUCAGAUGGAAAAUAUUCUUCAGAAAUAAAGAACAGAGUUAAAUUGCAUCAACAUGGAAUCAUAUCUUCAGAUUUAAAUGUGCAAAUGAUAAACAGUGUACCUGGAAAAGUUUCAUGUUUUGAUAAUAGAUCUUAUGCCUCCUCUACUGCAAUAUGGGAUUCAAACAGUGUAUUGAAGGAUACAAAACAAGUUUCUUGCUCUCAGUUAGAUUCUAAGUAUUCAACAACAACGGAUCCGUGUGAUGAUUUUUCAGAGUUUCAGAGUGCUCCAAUUCCAAAUACUCCUAACAUUCCAAUAUGGGACACAAAACAAGGAUCAGCUAUUGGCAGCAGAUUAGCAAAUCAUAACUUAGGUGUUAAGAAACCUAUGGAAAAGUCAAAAAAAAAUAAUAUAAAUACUAAAUCUGCUCAUGGCACUAUUCAAACACGUAUUACACCAUCAUCUUUAAAUACAGUAUCUCAGAAUAAAGAUCAACCACAGUUAGAAUGUUUACCAGAACUGUUUCCAAAGUGCACGAUAAAGAAUCAGUCCAAAACAGUAAUACUUAAGGACACAGUGAUAAGGAACAAUGAUCCACCCAAAGACCAUAGUGAACAUGUAAAAGAUCACACAAAUACAGAAGUUAUAUAUUUAAGUAACGAUAAAGAUAUACCCAACAAACUAGAAUGCAUAGGAAAGGCUGCAGUAAGAUCAUCAGAAGUUACUCAACAGGAUCUUAUGAGUCUUCAACUUGUUGAAGACAAAUAUAGUGCCUUGCGUGCACUGGUUCAGGAAACAUUUGUAACCACGGAAUCAGAUCCAAACGCAAGUUGUAAUAAUCAGUCGCUCGAUGAAUUUGGAGAGUUUGUGUCCGCGGAACAGCCUGCUACUGAAACUCCUGCCACAAAUGCUUUAGAUACCAACAGUUUUGCCGAUAUUUUUACAGAGUUGGACUUUAAAUCUAAUAACAAUAAUGCAAACACUGCAGAUUUCAAUCUCAUGCCAGAAAUUUCUGAAUCGUUUGACAAUCUUAAACUUGAAGAUGCUGUAGAAGAACGAUCAUUAGAGAUGGGUAAAAUUCUACAGAAGGAAGAUGCCAUAUCAAUUAAUAGUAUAGAAUUCAUGAAUAGUGCAUCUAAUGCAUUAACCCGAUCAGGAUCUGUGCCUAGUUUAGAUCUUAAGUCUUUCUUACCUUCAAAUGCAGAGGAUGAGCUAAUAGUAGAUACCACACAUCAGGCAGAAUAUUGGGAAUGGAAACAAUACAUGGAAAGCUGUGUAUUAUUAUUGCAAGUAGCUGCAAAUAUAUUUACAAAUAUUAGUUCAGAACUUGUACUUAAUGAAGUUUUAAAUUCGGCGCAAGGAUAUAAUUUCCUUUGCAAUUUAGCUGAAGUUGCGGCUGUUUGUAGACGUGUUAAUUUUUCGUAUAAAGAAAUGGACAUCAAUAUAAUAGGUUUUGACGAAUUGCUAAUGGAUAUUGAUCGAAUUUGGGCAGAAAUGGAACCAUUUUACGCCAACAUACCAAUAGUUACGGAAUUACCAGCUUGGCCUUUACAUCAAGGAGAAGCCAUUUGUUGUUCACUUUGUUUAACGAUUAUUACUAGUGGCGGGGUAGUUUAUAAUGAAAAUAAUUAUCACGUUACUUGUGCAAAUCUAUGGCUUAAUUGUGUUAACAGUCAGUUGCCGGUGAUGCGGCAUCCGUCUUUUUAUUCUCAUUCAAACGUAUGUCCAGGUAACAAUCACAUUUGAUACUAAUCUGCGUAACGAAAAAGAAACUUAUGUUCAUAAACUUUUAUGUACACAUAUUAACUUAUUACGCAAAGAUUUGUAGGAAGCAAAGCCGACUAAUUUUAUAUUUCAGUAACAAUUAGAAAAUCAAAUGUUAACAUUUUUUUAAUAAUUAAUACAUAAUGUAAUACGAAUACGGAAUACGUGUACGAUAAGAGAGAAUGAUGGAUUCCACACAAGUUGUACAUAUGCUUUAAAUUCAAAAGUUUUCAAGAUAUUAUAAACUAGUCCAUUUAAAAAUCUGUACAAACAUUAAAAAAGUUAGAAAAGAAUAACGAUAUAAUGUAAUCGUUCGAAAUAGGGAGAAAGUGAAGUCGCGGGGAAAUCUCAGAAAAUUUUAAACAUAGUCAAAAAGGUUGAAGGAAUGCAAGCAAAUUCUUAAACCUAAACAAAAGUUCAUAUCAAUCAAAUUGAAUUAAUAUUUUCGAGAAGAUCUUAUAAAAUUCUUAGUGCAAAUAUGAGACAAAAAUUAAUAUAUUAUUCUAUUAACGAUAACAAUAGAAUAUGGUAGUGAUCUUACAAGUUCAAAAUUAUCGUUGACUUGUAUCGCGUGGUCUAUACGCUAUCCCUCUGCUUUUCAUCUCUCUUAUAACACCCGCUGGUAAUCGACCUGACACCGAUAUUGCGUAUACGCCUUUACAGAAUCGAUCUGAAA